AUGACAACAGAUUCCAACACCACCAGAAUCUACAGGGUGGACUACGAGGUACCUGCAAAAGAGGCCUACAACCUGCUGAAGCAUGCAAGGGAAAACCCAGUCUGUGCACCUAGCUCAAAACAGCUUCAAGUAUCAAAAUGUCAGCUUGCGCUGAAAAAUUUGCCACAAGAAGUUUAUGAGCUUAAAUGGGAUGUGGUGGUGGUGGAUGGACCAAGCGGGAAUAGGCCCGAGGCACCAGGCAGGAUGGCAGCUAUAUAUACUGCAAGUAUGUUAGCAAGAAAUGGGAAUAUUACGGAUGUAGUAGUGCAUGAUGUGGAUCGAACAAUUGAGAAGUGGUUUUCCUGGGAAUUUCUGUGUGAUGAGAACUUGGUUUCUUCAAAAGGGAAACUAUGGAACUUUAGGAUCAUGGGUCACACAAAUUCUUCAAAAUUUUGCCUUCCCAAAGAAGUUACAAUAGUGUAA